UUCGGCCCAAGCCCUGCCUGAACGGCGUCCACUUCCUCCCGGCCCAACCACACCUCCCGCAGCCAAAUCACGUGCCCUCCCGGAGAGCUCGAACCGAAGCCAACCAUCAGCACGACUGCACGACCCACCGGCGAGGGAGAGGCGGCGCGGCCGGAGGAGUCGAGGAACGAUGGCGUUCACGAUGCGCGCGGUGAAGGUGCCCCCGAACUCGGCGUCGCUGGAGGAGGCGCGGCACCGCGUGUUCGACUUCUUCAAGCAGGCCUGCCGCUCCAUCCCCACCGUCAUGGAGAUCUACAACCUCGACGACGUCGUCACCCCCUCCCAGCUCCGCUCCACCAUCGCGAAGGAGAUCCGCAAGAACCAGAACGUCACCAACCCCAAGGUUAUUGAUAUGCUUCUGUUCAAGGGGACGGAGGAGCUGAAUAACAUAGUUGAGCACGCAAAGCAGCGCCAUCACGUGAUUGGGCAGUAUGUGAUCGGCCAAGAGGGCCUUGUGCAUGAGCUGGGCUCAAAGGACCAAGGAAGUUCUGAUUUCCUGAAGAAAUUCUACACUAGCAAUUACUUCUGAUCUGAGUUACAGAUCUCCACCUUCUGUAAUACUCUGGAGGUGCUCCGAAUAAGAUGCCGAUGACCUACCCAGCCCAGUUGUUUCGCAACUGGAGGUUUUGAUUUAUUUGGCCCUUCAAUCUUCUGCUCAAUAUGAUGUUGCUGUAAGUUGUUUCACUUGUGGAUUGUUGUUGUACUUGCGAAAUCAAAACAUCAAGUUUAUGAAUGGAGGCUAUGAAGAUCAAACUU